GGCGGGGGCCGAGGAGGGACAUUUUAAAAGGGCCGGAAAUUGCGGGCGUCAGUGGCCAUGGCGGAUACAGCGACUACAGCAUCGGCGGCGGCGGCUAGUGCCGCUAACGCCACGACCGAUGCACCCCCGUUCCAGCUGGGCAAACCUCGCUUCCAGCAGACAUCCUUCUAUGGCCGCUUCAGGCACUUCCUGGAUAUCAUCGACCCGCGCACUCUCUUUGUCACUGAGAGACGUCUCAGAGAGGCUGUGCAGCUCUUAGAGGACUACAAGCACGGGACCCUGCGCCCAGGGGUCACCAAUGAACAGCUCUGGAGUGCGCAGAAAAUCAAGCAGGCCAUCCUACACCCCGACACCAACGAGAAGAUCUUCAUGCCCUUCCGAAUGUCAGGUUACAUUCCUUUCGGGACACCAAUUGUGGUGGGUCUUCUCUUGCCCAACCAGACACUGGCGUCCACUGUUUUCUGGCAGUGGCUGAACCAGAGCCACAACGCUUGUGUCAACUAUGCAAACCGCAAUGCUACCAAGCCUUCGCCUGCGUCCAAGUUCAUCCAGGGUUACCUGGGUGCUGUCAUCAGUGCUGUCUCCAUCGCUGUGGGCCUUAAUGUCCUGGUACAGAAAGCCAACAAAUUCACGCCAGCCACCCGCCUGCUCGUGCAAAGAUUCGUGCCAUUCCCUGCUGUCGCCAGUGCCAACAUCUGCAACGUGGUCCUGAUGCGCUACGGGGAGCUGGAGGAAGGGAUCGAUGUCCUGGACGGUGACGGCAACCUCGUGGGCUCCUCCAGGAUUGCAGCCAGACACGCCCUGCUGGAGACGGCGCUGACUCGCGUGGUCCUCCCCAUGCCCAUCCUGGUGCUACCCCCGAUCGUCAUGUCCAUGCUGGAGAAGACGGCGCUCCUACAGGCUCGCCCCCGGCUGCUCCUCCCCGUGCAAAGCCUCGUGUGCCUGGCAGCCUUCGGCCUGGCCCUGCCACUGGCCAUCAGCCUCUUCCCGCAGAUGUCAGAGAUCGAAACGUCCCAGUUAGAGCCUGAGAUUGCCCGGGCCACGAGCAGCCGGACCGUGGUGUACAACAAGGGGCUGUGAGUGGCGGCGGCGGCCCGGAGACGAAGCGGGGGGCCAGGCAGGGAGUCUCCUGGGCUGACCCACGGGGAGUGGGGAGUGGACCCUGAGACUCCCCCCAGCCCCCGCAAGGGGAGCACUGGCUGCAGGGGUAGGGAGACUAAUCUAUUCACAAGUUAACAUAGAGGAGAGGGAUUCUGACGUGUUUCCUAGACAAAACAUAAUAAUCAAGUGCAUUUCUGGGCCUUGCCGGGUGGUCAAACCUCUCCUCAGCACAAUCCCUUGGGGAGCUGAAAGCCUGUCGAGUGCCCACAGGGUAGCGUUAGGAUCCUUUUAUACUUUGGUUCCUUUUUUAUUUUUAUUUUUUUAUCAGAUGCACGUCUGAGCUUUGGUGGCGGCUGCCCCGAUGCGGCAGGGGGCUGGUUGGUGUGGUGGCCACACUGAGUUCUGAUGUCCCUGGGAGUGGGGGGUGGCCUCAGGCUGAGUGGGGCAGAGCCUGGGGGGCGGUGGCUUCACAGGAGGAACCAGCCAUGAAUAAGUCCUUUGGAGCUGGCCCCGGGAAUCGGCGCUCUCGAGGCCUCUAGGAGAAGACUCUGUGGUCAGCUGGCUCUGAGAACGUCCGGCUUCUGUCCACGCCUCAUGAAGCACUCGGGCCUGGGUGCACCCUGCACAGUGUCCUGGUCCAGGAGGCCCCCCCAGAGGACCCGAACUCCAGGCAGGAACCCCCAAGAAGAAAUCAUGCUUGUGGAGAGUGGUGGACUCCAGCUUCUGCAGGAUAACGGCCUUUGAGCACCCCCGCCCCCCGCAGCCUCCUGAGUGGACAGCUCCGGGCUGAGGCCCCAGGCCCAGGGGCACUGCCCAGCUCCGCUGAUAGACGCAGCUCCGUGCCCGGAACCCGGGGGCUGGACCACGGGGCUCCCUCUGGGUGGCCCUGCUGGCUCCUCCUCCAUCUGUCCCGCUCGAUGCUGGUCAUCCCGAGGGACAGUCGACGGGAACGAGAGGGACCCCGUGGGAACAGCCAGAGCUGGCCUGACAGCCUGGAGCUGCGUCCUUCUGUGUGACCGCACACCACGGCAGCACGAGGCCAAGGCCAGGCUUGGGCUGAUUGGGAGGAGAAGGAGCAGGAAGAAGAGGAGGAAGAGGAGGAGGAGGAGGAGGAAGAGGAGCAGGAGGAGGCUGCACAGAGGCCCUGGGCCUGAAUGUGGGGCCCCCUGCAUGUCCCCGGCAGCCUACCCUGUCCCUUGCUGCCGACUCCACCCUCCCUCCCCUUUGCAGGCCCAGAGAGAGGAGAGACUGGGCCUGAGGUGGGGGGCCAGCAGGGGGGCCCCCAGCCUGCAGGAUCCGGCAGAGGAGAAGCACAGGCCCCGAGAGCACCUUGCUUCAGACCCCAGCCGGAAUGGAGCGCCCCUCUCACAGCGCGGCUUCCCUCCGGCCCCUCGUCCCAGGCCAGCCCUCAGCAAAGGGGUGCUUGUGUGCUGGGGACCCCCAUGCUUUUCUGGAGCCCCUGCAGCCCUCACCUCCCAGCGUUGUAACCCCCACCCCCAGUGAGCCCCGCAGGGUCCUUCCCUGAGAGUCCCCUGCCCCCUCCAGAAGGGGAGAGGAUGGACCGAGGGCUUUGGGAGCUAAGUCCGCUAUCUGUGAGCAGGGCUGAGCCUGUGGGGUCCUCCAGGGAAAGCCAGGGGGGCCGGGUCCCCUCCACUUGGAGUCCACCCUGCUCCGCCUUUCCUAGGGUCACGUUCUUGUGCACUUUACUUUGGGACCAAAACUGCUGACCCCAGUCCCGAGGUGGGGAGGGGUCUCUGUGUCCGCCCCAACCCCAGGCCCUUGGCAGCCCAUGCUCCUGGUAGACACAGGUGAGCUGGGAGGGCUCCUGCGGGAGGGGCAGAGGACGCCUCCGGCCCAGGGUGCGGACGAGCCAGGGGCAGUGAGAAACGCCACCCAGCGCUGCAGAAGUCAGAGGAGCCCGUGGCUGAGAGGCCCUCCCGGACCCACCGCUGGGGGCGCUGGCCUGGCCUGGCAGAGUCCCAAACACCCCCGAUCAGGCUCAGAGAUGUCCCCCAUUUUCAGAGAACAGUGUGAGAGUCGAGACCAAGCGCCGUGGGCCACGGGGGCACCCACGCCCGAGCCCACUUGCGAUUGGGCUGCCUUGUCUUCCUGCCGGGGCCUUCCCUGGGGAGACAGGCGGGGACCACGAAGAGAGGUGGGCAAGGGCCGUGGGGAGAAGGGAGGGGCUGGUCCGGCCGGGGCCUCCACCCCGCGGGGCUUCGCGGUGUCUCUUUAACCUUCUCAGAAAAGUCUCCAUCUCUGUGAUUUACGUAAUACUAAUGCACUGUGGGUAAUAAAUGAUGGAUAUAAAGCACCGA